AGGAGGAGGAGAGGAGGAGGAGGAGGGCCGGGGCUGCGCUGGGUGACAUCAGUGGGUUUGGCUCCGGGGCUCAAUGGAAACUGGGUGAGCGCCGGGCUGUGCCGAGCACACGCCGGCUGGAGGGGACGGCGAGCGGGCGGGGAGGCGGCAGGCAGUGCCGCGCCGCGCCGAGCGAAAGGAGGGACCGAGCCGGGCACGGCCGCCGCCAGCCCUCCCCAAUCCUCCGUCAUCCUCCCCUCCGCGGCCGCCUGGCCCCCUGACAGCCGGCGGAGCAGCAGCCCCACACGGCCCCCUUCCCGCCUGGCACGCCUGAACCAUGGAGCUUCGAGUGGGGAACAAAUACCGGCUGGGCAGAAAGAUCGGCAGCGGUUCGUUUGGAGACAUUUAUCUAGGAGCCAAUAUUGCAACCGGUGAAGAGGUGGCCAUCAAACUGGAAUGUGUCAAAACCAAGCAUCCCCAGCUCCACAUCGAAAGCAAGUUCUACAAGAUGAUGCAAGGAGGAGUGGGUAUCCCCUCCAUUAAGUGGUGUGGAGCGGAGGGGGACUAUAACGUGAUGGUGAUGGAGCUCUUGGGGCCGAGCCUGGAAGAUCUCUUCAACUUCUGUUCCCGCAAAUUUAGUCUCAAGACAGUUCUGCUCCUAGCAGACCAGAUGAUUAGCCGUAUUGAGUACAUUCAUUCCAAGAACUUCAUCCACCGGGACGUGAAGCCAGACAAUUUCCUUAUGGGGCUUGGCAAAAAAGGCAACUUAGUAUACAUCAUCGAUUUUGGCUUGGCCAAGAAGUACCGAGACGCCCGGACCCACCAGCACAUCCCUUACCGGGAAAACAAGAACCUGACCGGCACAGCCCGUUACGCCUCUAUCAACACCCACCUGGGAAUCGAACAAAGCCGCCGCGAUGACCUGGAGAGCCUGGGCUACGUGCUCAUGUAUUUCAACCUGGGCUCGCUGCCCUGGCAGGGCCUCAAGGCUGCCACCAAGCGCCAAAAGUACGAGAGGAUCAGCGAGAAAAAGAUGUCAACGCCCAUUGAGGUGCUCUGCAAAGGGUACCCUUCUGAGUUCUCGACAUACCUCAACUUCUGCCGCUCGCUGAGGUUUGAUGACAAACCCGACUACUCGUACCUGCGGCAGCUCUUCCGCAACCUCUUCCACCGCCAGGGCUUCUCCUACGACUACGUCUUUGACUGGAACAUGCUUAAAUUUGGAGCAGCCCGAAACCCCGAAGACAUGGAUCGGGAGCGGCGAGAGCAUGAGCGAGAAGAGAGGAUGGGGCAGCUGCGGGGUUCAGCCACACGAGCACUGGCCCCUGGCCCACCUGCUGGAGCCACUGCCAACCGCCUUCGCAAUGUCACAGAGCCCAUGGCCUCCACCCCCACCUCCCGAAUCCAGCAGUCUGGAAACACGUCCCCCAGAGCAAUCUCCAGAGUGGACAGGGAGCGGAAGGUCAGCAUGAGGUUACACCGAGGAGCUCCUGCCAACGUCUCCUCAUCCGACCUCACAGGGCGGCAAGAAGUGUCACGGAUUUCAGCGUCACAGACAAGUGUGCCAUUUGAUCACCUUGGGAAGUGAGGAGCAAUUGCCACUGGACCAGUGUUUGCUUAGUGUCUUCACUGUAUUUUUCUUUUAAAAAACAAAAAAUCCAAAAAAAAAAAACCAAACAAAAAAGUAAAAAAAAAAAAAAAA